GUUUCCAAGUCAGAGAAAGUAGAAAGUAGAGAGAGAAAUAAACAGCAAACUCCGAAAGGGCGAAAGGCCGACGACUCCCAGUCACUUCCUCCAUGGAGUCGCCGCCGGCGUAAAUAGAAAAGAAAAAAAUUAAAAAAAGAACAGCUCUACCGCAAUUACAGCAGCCACCACCUCCUCCACCUACUCUUUUCUUGGCUGCCGGUUUAGAACGAUCCGUUUCCGGACUGCUUUUUUUGAACUUCCACCGGUGAGCACUUUUCCUGUCAUAAUUGGAUUGCGAGCUUACUUCUUUUCUACUCUUUUAUGGUUUUCCUUCUCUCCAAUGCUCAUUAACUGCUUUGACACUGUCGUCUUACCCCUAGUUUUUGUUUUCAUUCUGUGAUUUUAGCGUACAGAAGUUAGGGUUUUAGGAUUUUUCAGCUUCUAUUUUUUUUUUUUUUUUUUGAGAUUCUGAGUUCUGAAUAGCGAAAUUUUGUGGAAUUCUGCUUCCUUUUCUGUAUAAGGAGGUUAUCUGUUUAGAGUUGGUUGUCAGUGACUGAGCGGCUUCUAAUCUUAUUCAUUCUGCUAUUCUGAUACACGAUCUAUGUACGUUUAGGGACAAAGACGCUUUUGUUGUUGUUGUUGUUGAUUGAGGCUUGAAAAGGGUUUUUGAUCUUUUUAUUUCUUUCUUGCAUUCAUGCUUGGACCUUAAGGGAUAGUGCAUGUUCAUGGUUUAAAUUUUGUACUCAUUUGGACAAUCUUCAGGUAAGCCUUUGUGUGCUUGUAUAAGAGGCAGCGGUGAGUUGCUAGGAUUGCAACUAUUUGUGGUUCCGAGGCUGCAGUGUAAAACUUCCAUGCUAUUUUAAGUGAUGAGAGCUAAACUUCGUCAAUGAAAAUAAGUUGUGUAUUUUGUUGUAUUUUGACUGGAUGGUAGGUUGAUUACUAGAUUUAGUGUCUGCCAGAGUUUGGAGUUUGUAGAAUUUUUGGCUUCUGAGUGCAUUGAUCCUUUUUUGAGUGGUUUUUUUUCCCUGUUGGGGCUACUUAGGAACUCAUAUUAUCUCGUCCUUCUGUGGGAAUUCAUCAUUUGAACAAGAUUUUCUGUUGGUUGAAUCACUUGAUUUUUGGGAAUCACAAUUUCUAUUGUACUCAAAGUUGCUUUUUGUUUUACUGGGUUUCUGUUUCUUGGAUGGCAGGUUCUUUGGUUAGGUAUAAUCUGUAACUAUGUCUAUGAACAACAAUAAUCCUCCUAAAAACCUUGGGGUUCCGUCCCCAUUUGGCGGUGCUAUGCCUGCAAACAUGGCUGCUCAUCUCCAGGCCCAGGUUCACGCUCAAGCUCAAGCUCAAGCUCAGUCCCAAGCCCAGCAACAAGUAGGCGCUGGCUUUCCAGGGCAGUUCAAUCUUUCUCAACUUUCUGCUGCUCAGGUUCAAGCCUUUGCUCAAGCACAAUCUAAGGCUCAGGCUCAGGCUCAGGCUCAGGCUCACGCACAAGCUCAAGCUCAAGCACAUGCGCAAUAUCAGGCUCAGUUGCAGGCUCAAGGAAUUGCCCUUAGUCAUGCUCAUGCCGGUGGCAUUCCGAAUCUGGGUUCCUCAAAUCCUUCCAUUUCAGGUUCUGGUGGUAAUUCCAUUAUAAAACGGUUACCUCAGAAACCACCUGUACGGCCAUCUGGCUUAGCCACAACUAAUGUGGCUUCUCCCCUGAGAGCUAUGGAGCUUUCUGCUGCUGCUCGUAAGAAGAAGCAGAAGCUCCCUGAGAAACAAUUGCAUGAAAGGGUUGCAGCAAUUUUGCCUGAAUCUUCUCUUUACACUCAGCUCCUUGAGUUCGAGUCUCGUGUUGAUGCUGCCUUGUCAAGAAAGAAAAUUGAUAUCCAGGAAGCAGUUAAGAAUCCACCCUGUAUUCAGAAAACUCUACGUAUUUAUGUAUUUAACACUUUUGCGAAUCAGAUACGUACAAUCCCUAAGAAGCCAAAUGCGGAGCCACCAACCUGGACCCUUAAAAUCAUUGGGAGAAUUCUGGAGGAGGGAAUGGACCCUGAUCAAGCUGCCAUGUUUCAGAAAACUAAUUCCAUGUAUCCCAAGUUCUCAGCUUUCUUCAAGAGAGUUACCAUAUCUUUGGACCAGAAAUUGUAUCCAGAAAACCAUAUGAUAAUAUGGGAUAAUGCUCGAUCAUCAGGACCGCAUGAGGGAUUUGAGGUAAAAAGGAAAGGUGAUCAAGAAUUCACUGCUAAUAUACGGUUGGAAAUGAAUUAUAUGCCUGAAAAGUAUAAACUAUCAGCUGCCCUGAUGGAAGUCCUGGGAAUUGAGGUUGACACUCGUGCAAGAAUUAUAUCUGCGAUCUGGCACUAUGUUAAGGCAAGAAAGUUGCAGUGUCAGGAUGAUCCUUCAUAUUUCAAUUGUGACCCCCCUCUUCAUAAAGUUUUUGGUGAACCAAAGGUGAAGUUUACGGCUGUGACACAGAAGAUAUCCCCUCACUUGGCUCCUCCUCAACCUAUACAUUUGGAGCACAGGAUCAAACUUUCUGGUAAUAGCCCUGCUGGGACCGCAUGUUACGACAUAUUAGUAGAUGUACCAUUCCCGAUACAGAGGGAGCUGAAUGCUUUGCUAGCUAACACAGAAAAAACAAAAGAGAUUGAUGCCUGUGAUGAGGCAAUUUGUAGUGCCAUCAGGAAAAUACAUGAGCACCGAAAACGGAGAGCAUUUUUUCUUGGUUUUAGUCAGUCACCAGUUGAAUUUAUCAAUGCUUUAAUCGAUUCCCAAAACAAGGACCUUAAGCUUUUGGUAGGGGAAGCUAGCCGCAGUGCCGAGAAGGAGCGUCGGUCUGAGUUUUACAACCAGCCUUGGGUUGAGGAUGCUGUUAUCCGGUACUUGAAUCGGAAGCCACCUUCAGAUGCACCUGGAAGCACAUGAAAGAGUGAGGCCUGGAAACACACCAGUGCAUCCCAAUCCUUCUCGAACUUGCAAGUUUCUGCCGUCAGGAAGAGUUUCCUUCUCUAGGUGGGUAAGAUAAUAUCCUCGUAAAACAACAAAUUUUAGGAAAAAUCUGUGGGGCAAAUUGCCCGGGCUUGGGCUUUUCUGGCCAGCUCAGUGCAAGUGGGGCUCAAUCUAUUCUCCAGUCAUGUCUCUUUGAUAUUGGUUCUCUAAAUUCUCAGGGAAGGUUUCCUUUUGAGUGUAUCUUUCUCUCUCUCUCUUUGAUGGAAAGAAUCUGCAAGGCUCUUGAGGUUUAUCUGUAGGUAGUAAGUAGUUGAUUUAGAACGCUGAACAGUAGAUCAAAGGUUGUUUAGCCCCUACAUGCUAACAGUUCUAAUAUUUUUAGUUGAUCUUUUGGUGCUUGUAUUUCGAAAUCAUCUACCUUCUUGGCAUAGUGUUUUUACUUUUUACUUGUGGACCUUAAAAGUCUUUUGGAAGAAGCUUCCCUGUCAUGAAUAGUUCAUGAUUGGAUGUUUAGUGUCAAAAAUUGGAUAGAAAAGAAUGUCAUCCGAACUUCUCAUAGCAUGAGCCAUUUAAAUGGGAAGAAUGAAGGGUGAUAUUUUAUCGAAUUGGUUUUACUUCUUUCUUUUUCCUUUUUUUUUUCUUUUUUCCUUUUACUAUAAUUUCUCAAAUUCCAAGUGAUAACUUGUUUUCGAUACUUGGGGAUUGU